AUGUUAAGUGAUGUGGAUGAUGUCAAUAAAUUAACAUCAUACCUUCACUGGUCACAAUUAUGCUAUCAGUAUGCGGAACUUGUUGAUCGAGAAUCAUUAUCAUGGUGUAUAGAAGCGAUCAUUAAUGCUAAAAAUGCAUUAUUUGUAUCAUCAUCAAGGUCAUCAACAUUGUCCGGAAAAACGGAUAGUAGCGGAUCAUAUCGAUCAAUGUCUACCAAUAGUGUAAAUGCUAAUGAACAAAUGGAAAGUAUCGGAUCGAUAAAUCAACGACGAGUCAAAAUAGCAACUGUCGGAUUAAUUCAAAGUAAUAUAUUAAAAGCUGAAAAUGUAUAUGCGUGCUCGUUGAAAAGGUGA